AUGUUUUCAACUUAUGUCUAUACAGGUGAUCCACCACCAUCUGGAACAGCAUCGCCUGCACCCCAGCAUGACAUUGACGAUAUCAAAGUGGAAUACCACCCCAGUAGUGGUAUCCCCACCAAAGUGUACCACUUUGAGGACUAUGGAAGCGGUCCCGGUGCCCCACCAGCAGUUCCAGAAGCAGAUCCUAUGCCCUGGCAGCCGUUUCGCACUCAUAUCAACUUCGAGGUUGCAGAACUUGCUCACAAUGCUGGACUCUCUCAUGAACAGCUGGACCGGCUCAUUCACCUCAUUCAUUGCAGCAGGAUUGAGCUCUUUACCCUCAAGAAUCGCAAAGAUGUGAGAGACAUGUGGGAUGCAGUGUCAUUCAAGAUGACACCUGUGUGUGUUGAUCAAACAUUCCCACUAUUUCAUCAUUCACUGUGGGACUGGGUCACCGAUUUACUUCAAGAUCCACAAGUAGGUCCGAACUUCAUCUUCAAUGCACAAAGGCUGUCAAAGUUCAAUGGUGAGAAGUUCGUUUGGUUCAUUCAUGAACCAUGGACUGCUAAUGCAUUUUGGGAGUAUCAGUCGAAAAUCCCACCAGACGCAAAACCUCUUGUGUUCAUUUUGUAUGCCGACAAAGCAAAAUUGUCAUCAUUCGGUCUCGCGAAAGGUUAUCCCAUAGUCGCUCACUGUGCUAAUCUUCCUAUCGCGAUUCACAACGGAGAAGGCUUGGGUGGAGGGCGCAUUGUUGGUUGGCUGCUUAUUCAUUCUGGAAAACCUGCUUUUGUCAACUUCAAGAAUGCGGUGUGGCAUGCCUUGUUUCUGAAGAUUCUCGACUGUCUGGCACUGCUAUCGAGGUUUGGUUCUGCCAUCAAAUACUGGGAUGAUGUUAUUUGCGCCUUCUAUCCAAUUGUACUAAUACUAUCUGCAGACUAUGAAGAACAGGCUGUAAUGGCAUUGAUUCGUGGUUUAAUGGGCAAAUUUCCUUGUCCUGUCUGUCUAGUGCCUCACAACGAACUUUCAAACACUCUCAAGGUAUUUCCUCUCCGCACAUGCACAGGAACUAAGGCAUUGCUUGCUCGAGUGCGAGAAUCUUCUACAUUGGAUGCAAGAGAACAGAUCUUGAGUUCCCAGAGCCUCCACGAUGUCAACAGUUCAUUUGGCGUUCUGGAGCACACCGACGUCCACAGGGCUCUAUUGCACGACAAGCUCCACUUCAACAACAAGGGAUUGUUCAGUGAUCACAUGUGGCCCGAACUGCAGAAAUGGGUUGAAUGUUUGGGUCGACAGGCCACUGUCCAGAUUGACAGCUUCUUUCAAUCAAUUCUGCUAUCAUUUUCCGACAGGACAAAAUACGAAGACAUCUCUAAGCUUACUGUAUUUGCAACACAUAAUAAAUACAUCGAGGAUACAGCAGAGAUGUCCGAGAAGUCCUGGAAUUUCCCCAAGAAACAUCUUUCGGCCCAUCUCUUUGAUGACAUCGAGGCGAAAGGUGUUUCUCGAAACUACAGCACCAAGCCGAAUGAGAAAAUGCACAGCCCAUUGAAAGAUGCCUAUCAAGAUCGCACAAAUUUCAAGAACUUCACUGAACAGAUCCUCCAAUACAACCAUGACAGCUUGAUUGCGGAAUACAUUCGCAACAAGUUGGAUCACCUUGACACUCAGAAUCUCAGCAUAGACCGACCCGAUACUGCACUCCAGGAGACCAACAACUCAGAUGAUAUUGAUGUUGACUCGACGGAACCUACUGAUACCCAACAUUUUACUCUCAGUUCAAAGCAGCUAAACGACUUUCUGAACCAUGCGUUUGCUGCCAACAGCAUACCGUUUCCAGGUGGACAAUGGAUUCAACUCAUUGCGAGUGACAUGAUCAUGGAACAUCAAUUCCUUAAAGUCAAUUUUGAGUCACUUGUCGACUGGCGAGUGUCCAUGGACUACCUUCAAUGCACUCCGAUGUUCCAUGGCUCACCGCGAUACAAUUGCGUCAUCUUGCAGACUGACACUGGCAUCAUCUUUGGCAAACUAAUGUUGAUUUUCACAUGCACAGUAGGGGAUGUUCAAUAUCCUGUCACACUUGUUCUCCCAUAUGAUCAACCGGUCGGCAUUCGUCCUCAAAAGGACAAAGACUUUCAGUUUUGGCGUGUCAAGACAAAGCCUAGGGCUUCCGCAGAAUUUUUUUCAGUUCACUCAAUUAUUCGGGGUUGUUUGAUAGUAGAGGAUGCCAGCAGACCUGGCGAGUUUUUGGUUGUUGAUACUAUUGACACUGAUAUGUUCCUUCAAAUGCAGGACAUCUGCAGCCAGUGA